AAUGGAAAAUAGAAAUGAAGAAAUCGCACAUAUACAGAAGGAUGUAGAGGGAAAUGUUAUAAUUAAUAAUGGAUACGUCACCUGUGUCUCUGAAAAUAUUAAAUUUUUUAUCUAAACACUACAAAUUAUGUAAAUAAUCAAAUAAAGAAUUAAGUUACAUGAUAUAUUUGCAGGUGGCAUACAAUUCGAAUUGAGUUACAAUAACAUUAAUUUUGAUUAUAACCAAAUACAGUGUUCUAUUGAUGGUAAAACAUUAAUAAUACCAUUACGUGAUGAUGUUGUAAUUGUAGAUCAAGAAACAAAUAAAGAAAAUGAUGCUGCGAUAUGAACUGAAUAUAAUACAUUUACCUGGUGUGAUGCAAAUACAAAAUUAUUUUUAAGUAUUUAUAAAGAGAUGAAUAAACUGUUCAAGAAUAGAAAAAUUGCUACAAAAAAAUUUUUAUGGAAUAAGAUAACAAUACAAAUGAAUAGUAAAGGAUACAAUGUAAAUGUAAUUCAAGUCGAGGACAAGUACAAAUCUCUCGAAAGAUCCUAUAAAAAUAUGAUCUCCAAUAAUAAAAAAACAGGUAGAGGUCGUAUGACGUGUCCGUACGAAAUAGAAUUGACUGAAUUAUUAGGAUCAAAACACAGUAUCGAACCAUUAGCUGUGUCUGGUAGAGAAGGUCUCAUUAUAAGAAAUGACAGGGCAAUAGAGAAAUAUUUACCAAUAGAUGAUAAUAAUGAUAAUCAAUCUAUGGAUAAGCCAAACAUACGAAGUGCACUGGCAACAGAUGUACCAACCUCAAAACAGAAUUUUGAGACUCAAAACAUUGCAAGUAAUUGUUCCAAACAAACAUUAUUUAAAAAAAAUGAGAGAAAACAAAUGGGCACUACAGCUCGAUUUUUAGAAAGUUGCCAAAAAAGUAAAAUCAAACUGUCAACGGACAUUGUUGAAGGUGCAUCAUUCACUUCCACGUGCGGUUUACAACUUCAAUAUCAGGAUAUUCAUCAUUUGUUUGUUCUUCUAAAUAUUGUAAAUAUUGUCAUUAAUAUCUGCAAUAUUAUGUAGCACGCAACAGGCGUGUAUGACCUGUACCUUUCGCACUAUGUUUCUUAACUUAAAGUGAUAUAAC